UUCGUGAUACAGUGGUCUCCCGAUCGUGGACACGGGCGAGACCCUGAGGUUCGAAAGGCUCCCUGAUAGCUAAAAACGCGUCGAAACGAAUUAACGGUCAGUCGAUCAGUGUCGCGACCUAGAUCGUCGUCGAUGGGCUUUCGACCAUACGCAUCAUGGAAUUGAUUUGGAUACUCGUUCUAUUCUUCGGGUUCGUAUACCCGUCCCAGCCGUCACACCUCGAAGUGGCUUACCAGUGGAAAUAUCUCGAUUGGGUUUGGCCAAAUAUACUUCUGACGGGAAAAAACUAUACGCUGGGCAAUGCCUUCACACAAGAUGUGGAUAUCGACAGACAAGGCCGUGUGUUUGUGACGAGUCCACAGUGGUUAAAUGGUAUACCAAUUAGUUUGUCUUUGGUGACUAAGGCGCAGGGUCCUGGUGGUCAUUUACUUAUACCGUAUCCCAAUUGGUCCUGGCACAUAUCGUUAAGUUGCGACAGCAUCGUAUCUGUCUACAGAAUGGCGAUCGACGAGUGCAAUCGUUUAUGGGUGAUCGAUUCUGGCAGAGUAAUGAUGAAAGCGGUUUGCCCUACGAAAAUAUUGAUCUUCGAUCUUGCCACGGAUCAGCUGAUCCAUAAAUACGUGGUACCGGAUGAUCAAGUGCUAUACGGGAAGGCAGGAUUAGUUACGCCAAUCGUUGACGUCGGAAAAACGUGUCUUGAUACUUAUCUCUAUGUGGCGGACGUGGAUCAAAAUGGACUAGUGAUUUAUGACUUAUAUCGCGACCAUUCCUGGCGAGUAAACAACACCCGUGGCAACGCUUUUGGCCCGGAUGAGGAUGCUAUGAAUAUUACGAUCGCCGGCGAGUGGUUUGAUCUGACUGAUGGUACGCUCGGUAUGUCACUGUCACCGUUAGGAUAUUUUAAUCACAGAUAUCUGUAUUUUAACUCACUCGCGAGCUACUAUCAGAAAUAUACGGAUACGUUUUCGUUGAAGCAAAGCAAAUUCAGAGAGCCAGUGAUAUUUCAAUCAAAUUACAAGCGCGCGAGCCAAGCGGGCGUGCAGGCGACCUCUCGAAGAGGCGUAAUAUUUUUCCAAUUGGUCCAAUUAACUGCCAUUGCCUGUUGGGACAUCGGGAAACCAUUUACUCCGGAGAACGUCGUGAUAAUAGCACAAGACGAGGAGACUCUGCAGUACGUGAGCGGCAUUAAGGUGAUCACGAAUAGGGCCGGCGAGGAAGAAUUAUGGUUCAAUACCAACAGACUUCAGAAGACGAUAAACAUGAGUCUCAAGCCGACGGAGAUAAACUUUCGAAUAAUUAGAGGAAAAGUCGACGAUAUCAUUCGCGGUACAAAUUGCGAGCCGUCUGGCGUGAGGACAGCAACACCAGACACCAGACAUUUUUGGCAUCAAAUAUAACUUGCCAAGACACUUUAUGCCUUUCAUUACCUCAUUUAAAAUGCCUUUAAAAUGUUCCUGUUUCAUUUGCCAUUGAAAUUGUCGGAUGAAUGAAAUGAUGAGCGUUAACGAAAACUUUUCCAAAUAAACUCGCGCAUAAUAUAAUGCGUCUUGACAAAAUUCCAUCGCACUCUUUCUUCCACAUCAAGUUUCACAUUCAGAAAUAGAUUUGUAACUAAAGCGACGGAUCGUUCGCAUAUCCGCGCAUGGCCGAAUAGAAGGACGGAGUGGCAGCGAGUUCUGCGAAUGACAGCCGGAGCGUGUAGCAAUUUAGUUAACCGUUUCAUUGCUGCCUUUUGAGAUGUAACGAUGAGGUCUGUCGGUGACACGAGCGCCGCCGCGAGCCCCGAAUGUUUCGACAGGGUGGCUUGACGCCGUCAGUAACGGGGACCGUCGAGUUCACAGCAAAGCAGGAGGAAAGGGGAAACGACGAAUUUCUUGUCGACGAAGUUUUACCGGGCUUUUAGAUGUGCCACCACUG